AUACAAACUUUUCUUUUUCUACGCAAUUGUGUUUACCCAAAAAAAAAAAAAAAGUGUGUCUAGAAAUUUCUGUUUAUUUGGCCAUAAAGAUAUUUCAUUUUAUCCUAUAAAUAAACCGAGUGUCUGAAAGGGAGAGCAGGAAACGAAAAAAAGCUUGGGGACCAUUUCCAUGGCGGACGGGGAGGGGAAAACGGUCAAUAAUGGUAAAAGAGUUCAUAUCCUGGUGGUAACAUACCCAGCUCAAGGCCACAUAAAUCCCCUUUUACAAUUCUCCAAACGCCUCCACCACAAAGGCGCCGCGGUGACCUUCGUCAUCACCAAAUUCCUUCUCAAAAACAGCCCCGCCGCCGACCGCCCUCCGCCCUUCCCCGUCGAGACCAUCUCCGACGACCAUGACGCCGGCGGAUUUCUCUCCGCCGUCUCUAUCCCUGACUACCACGAACGCCUUGAGCGCGUCGGCUCGCAAACUCUCCGGGAUCUGCUCCGGCGACUGGACGACGAUGGCCGCCGCGUCGACGCCGUGUUAUACGACGGAUUUAUGCCGUGGGUUUUGGAGGUGGGGAAGGAGUGGGGGGUGAAGACGGCGGUGUAUUUCACACAGGCCUGCGCCGUGAACAACAUUUAUUUCCACGUUUAUAGAGGAGAAAUUAAGCUGCCGUUGGCGGCGGAGGAAGAGAUUAAGAUCGGCGGAAUACCACCGCUGACGGCGGCGGAUUUGCCAUCCUUUGUGAAAGAUGUGAAAUCUUGUCCGGGGUUUUGGGAUGUUGUGGUUAAUCAGUUUCGGAACAUUGAGGAAGCCGAUUGGUUAAUGUGCAAUAGUUUCUACGAACAAGAAAAACAGGUGUUGGAAUGGAUGGAGAAGAAAUGGAGGAUGAAGACAGUCGGACCGAACAUACCGUCGAUGUACGCCGACAGGCAAAUAGACGACGAUUGGGAGUACGGGUUCAACUUCUUCAAACCCGACGGCGAGGUUUGCCGAAAAUGGCUCGACGGCCAUCGGAAAGGGUCAGUGGUUUUCGUGGCGUUUGGGAGUUUUUCAGCUUUGAGCGUUGAGCAGAUGGAGGAAUUGGCUUGGGCUUUGGCACAAACCAAUUCUUCCUUCUUGUGGGUGGUACGGGCUUCAGAGGUUGCAAAGCUUCCACCGAAAUUUGCAGAGGCGACGGCGGAUAAAGGGCUAGUAGUUCCUUGGUGCCUUCAAUUGGAAGUUUUAUCUCACGAAUCGAUCGGUUGUUUUGUGACGCAUUCCGGUUGGAAUUCGACGCUCGAGGCUCUAACCAUUGGUGUUCCCAUGGUGGCUAUGCCGCAGUGGACGGAUCAAACCACCAAUGCCAAGUUUGUAAUGGAUGUUUGGAGGACCGGAAUUAGGGCUCUGCCCGACCGUACUGGAAUAGUGCGGGGGACGACGAUUGCAGAUUGUAUCUUGAAGAUCAUGGAUGACGACGAAGGAAAGGAGAUUCGGAGAAACGCCGCUAUAUGGGGAACGUUGGCAAGACAAGCGGUGGAUCGCGGCGGAAGUUCCGAUCGGAAUAUUGAUGAGUUUCUUUCCCAACUGGCUUCUGAUUUAAACAUUUAGAAGAAUAUAUCUAUUAUGUUACUAAACUUUUGAGAGGUGUAACAAUUAAAAUUCUAAAUUUAUAAUUAAGUGAGCAAUCAAAUUAUGAAUUUUAAAAUGAUAAUUGUACGUCGGGUUGAUUGAGCUAUGUUUGAAUUUGUCGGAAAAA